UCCUGUGAGAUGAAUCUAUUCUUAUACCAUAACUUAUUAGGCAUUAUUGCACAAAGAACUGUAAUGACUUCUUGCCGGAAGAUAGAUAGUUAUGGAUUUUAAGUGAAAAGGCUUAAUAAAGUAAAUGAGUAACACUUUAAUGGAAUCGUUUCCUGGUAAGUUAAUCAUUUCGUUUUAUUUUUUCUGUCUUGAUUUUUAUUCUUAUAUUUUAUCGUUUGUAUUCUUUUGAAACUAGGUAAUAAUGUACUUGGUUUGGCUUGGCCCUGACCUUGUUUACUGAACAAUUCAUGAAGCAAUCCGCAUGUUACGUUUUCACAGCAUUCCGAGUCACGCGUCGUAAGCCGUUKAACAGGUACCUACAGACACCUUGCUUGUCUUAGCUUUGAGCUGAAGCUUCUCUACAAAAUGGCCUCAAAACCUUUUCUUGACACGAGUAAAUUAGACUCGACUUCAUUCUACGAGACGUUUAGGAAAUACGACAAAGAUGGAAAUAAUUACAUCGAAGCCAAAGAAAUAGAUGCUUUUAUGAAAGACCUCUUCAAGAUGAAGUACGGAAGUAACUACAGCAAAGACCAAGUCACCAAGUUAAAGGAUUUCAUUAUGCAGAAGUAUGACAAGAACCACGACAAGAAACUAGAUAUCACUGAGUUGGCCGCCAUUUUGCCAGUUGAAGAGAACUUCCUUCUUACAAUGAAGCAUCCCGUGGGAAAAGCAAGAAGAGGAUCCAAAGAAGUCAUGAGUAGCGUGGACUUUAUGAAGAUUUGGACAAACUACGACCCACAUCGUGAGGGCUAUCUCGGUAGAAAACAGUUAAGGGGAUUCAUUGCUGACUACUUAGAAUUCUACGAAGAGCCAAAGAAACCAGCUGAUGAAGCCGAAAAGCAAGUUGAUUAUUUGCUGAAGAACUUUGACAAAGAUCACGACGGRGAAAUCACCAUGACUGAGCUUCAAGGGUUUCUGAAAGUGGAAAACAACUUCUUAAAAUCUUAUGAGAUCGGAAAACAUGGAUUUUCUAACAAAGAUUUUGACAAAUUGUGGAAUCAUUACGACCCGGUAAGUAUCAAUGUUUUUCCUUUUAUUUGCAGAUUUCUGGCAAGUAUUCUACCCGUAGAGUUUUUUUUCUUGAUGAAGUUUGCAGAGAAACUUUCAUCAAAACAAGAUUUAACUAGCGUGGAAUUUAUGAAGGGCUUUGUUGCUGACUAUAUACAAUACUAUGAUCACACUAAGAAACCUUCAGAAGCAGCAAACGAGCAAGUGCAUUGGCUGGAUAACAAUGUUUUUUUUGGUGGCUCCGAGCUAGACGCUUUAGUGAGAGAUUUUUUUACUCUGAAGUUUGAAGAGAAGAAAAAGAGCUGUAGUCCUCCCGAUAUGAAAGACAUCAGUGAUUGGCGCGACGUUAUGUUGAAAUUUUUUUUUUUCGACGCUGAUGAGGAACUGAAUAAGAAAGAAAUUUUUUUUUUCUUAUGCAAAGGAUUGACUCGCGCUACAAACUUUUUUUUAAAAUAG